UCGGUUUGGUCACGUGGUGCCCCUGGUUACGCCCGGUGGCUGCUGUGGGGUCUGCGGCUCUGGCAGGGGCCAUUUUGCCGAAGGCAGCCUGCCGGGGGCGACUUGGCAGCUAACUGAAGCUGUUCCUUUUCUUCCUCUGCAGCUUGGGGCUUGGAGAGGAACUGGAAGGCUGGGCUCCAUCGAGUCCUUCAGAGACGAUGGUUUCCUCCAGCCUCUGCCACCUGACGACCCUCCAUGGCGGCUGUGCCCUCUGCGCUGCGCCUCCUGCCGCAACUUCCAGCCCUCUGUGCUUGUCGCCUCCAGAGCUGCAAUCGUCCUUCCGCCCCAGAGACUGAUGAUAAUCGAGGUGGGGGCACCAUGAGAGGCGAGAAAAACUAUUGCCGUGGAGCUGCCGGAGACCACAGUUCCUGCCCACCGACACCUUCGCCUCUGGCCUCGACCCUCAUGAUGCCCGCGGAGGCAAUCACAAGUAGUUGGUCUGGGUCUGGAGGCGGUUUGGCAGGGGGAGAUGAAGAGGAGACUCGGCUUCUUCAACUCCUCCGGACUGCGCCGGAUCCUUCCGAGGCCUUCCAGGCUUUGCAGGCUGCUUUGCCGCGGCGGGGCUGUCGACUCGGCUUCCCCCGACGGAAGGAAGCAUUGUAUCGGGCCCUGGGCCGAGUGCUUGUGGAAGGAGGUAGUGAUGAGAAGCGACUCUGCUUGCAACUCCUCUCGGACGUUCUCCGGGGUCAGGGGGAGGCAGGCCAGCUGGAAGAGGCCUUUAGCUUAGCACUUCUGCCUCAACUAGUUGUCUCCUUACGAGAAGAGAAUCCAGCCCUACGGAAAGAUGCACUACAGAUCCUACAUACAUGUCUGAAACGUAGUUCUGGACAGGUGCUGAGAACACUUAUACAACAAGGACUGGAAAGUACAGAUGCCCGGCUUCGAGCUGCCACAGCAGUGCUGUUCCCUAUCUUGCUUACUCCUGAGGAUUUGUUGUUCAGCCUAGAUCUCACCGAGGUAAUAAUAUCCCUAGCCAGAAAGCUUGGCGAUCAGGAGGUAGAAGAAGAAUCUGAGACUGCUUUCUCUGCACUUCAGCAAAUUGGGGAACGACUUGGCCAAGAGAGAUUUCAGUCCUAUAUCUCUCGCUUGCCAUCUGCCCUGAGGAGACACUACAAUCGCCGCCUGGAGUCCCAAUUUGGAAGUCAGGUUCCUUAUUAUUUGGAACUGGAAGCCUCUGGAUUUCCUGAAGAUCCUCUCCCCUGUGCAGUGACUCUUUCUAACAGCAAUCUUAAAUUUGGGAUUAUUCCUCAAGAGCUGCAUUCAAGAUUGUUAGAUCAGGAAGACUAUAAGAACCGGACUCAGGCCGUUGAGGAAUUAAAACAGGUGAUGGGAAGAUUUAAUCCUAGUUCUACCCCUCAUUCCAGUCUUGUCGGUUUCAUUAGCUUGCUCUAUAAUCUGUUAGAUGAUUCUAACUUCAAAGUGGUUCAUGGCACACUUCAGAUCCUGCAUUUACUGGUUAUUCGCCUUGGAGAGCAGGCACAACAGUUCUUGGGACCAGUUAUAGCAGCUUCUGUCAAAGUGUUGGCAGACAACAAAUUGGUAAUCAAACAAGAAUACAUGAAAAUCUUCCUCAAGCUAAUGAAGGAAGUAGGUCCUCAACAGGUGCUUUGUUUACUCCUGGAACAUCUCAAACAUAAGCAUUCCAGAGUGAGAGAGGAGGUAGUGAACAUUUGCAUCUGCUCCCUCCUGACCUAUCCCAGCGAGGAUUUUGACUUACCCAAACUGUCUUUUAAUCUUGCCCCAGCUCUUAUAGAUAGCAAACGCAGGGUACGCCAAGCAGCUCUUGAAGCCUUUGCUGUGUUGGCAUCGUCCAUGGGCUCAGGUAAAACCAGCAUCCUUUUCAAAGCUGUGGAUACUGUUGAACUACAAGAUAAUGGAGACGGAGUGAUGAAUGCUGUGCAGGCCAGAUUGGCUAGAAAAACCCUCCCAAGGUUAACAGAACAGGGAUUUGUGGAAUAUGCAAUACUUAUGCCAUCAUCUGCCCAGGGUAGGUCAAGCCAUCUGGCACAUGGAGCAGAUACAGACUGGCUCUUGGCUGGUAACAGAACUCAGAGUGCACACUGUCACUGUGGAGACCACAUAAGGGACAGCAUGCAAAUUUAUGGAUCUUACAGUCCAACUAUCUGUACCCGAAGGGUAUUAAGUGCAGGAAAAGGAAAAAAUAAAUUGCCAUGGGAAAAUGAGCAGCCUGGAGUCUUGGGAGAAAACCAGACCUCCAAUUCCAAGGACAUAGAACAGUUUCCAGCGUAUGAUUUCAUCCCAUCUCCAAAAUUAAAGUCCUCUCAAGGAAUGCCAGUAAAUGAUGAUUUAUGUUUUAGCAGAAAAAGAGUGUCAAGAAACUUAUUUCAGAAUAGUCGAGAUUAUAACCCAGAUUCUCUUCCUGUAUGUGCUGCUGGCAGUACUGGGACUCAUCAGACAAAUGUUUCUGGGAAAUGUGGACAACUUGGAUUUUCACAGAUAUGUGGGAAAAGUGGGAGUGUGGAUUCUGACUUACAAUACCUAGGGACAGCUAACAAUCAUCAAGAUAAAGUGUAUGCUAGCCUGAAUUUUGCUCCUAAGACACAGCAGACAUUUGGUAGCCAAACAGAACGUACUUCAUCAUACUCUGGUCUAAAUCCAAGUCCAGGAGGCUUCAUCCUUCCAUCCUAUCCUCUCUCAUCACCUCGAACUAGUCCAAAGCACGCAUCUCUUACCAUAUCUCCAAGGAAGUCUCAGGAUAUUUCGAUUAACUUCUCCAAUUCCUGGCCUCUUAAAAGCUUCGAAGGGGUACCAAAGCCGAGUCCACAGAAAAAGGUUGUCAGACAAAAAUCGUCUGACCCUCCAGGUAGAAAUGAUGGAGAAAAUUCUCAAGAAAAACUUUCUCCGCUUCAACUUACACCUGCCUUGGUGAGAUCACCGUCUUCCCGACGAGGCCUAAAUGGGACCAAACCCGUCCCUCCCAUACCAAGGGGAAUCAGCCUUUUGCCUGAUAAAGCUGACUUAAGCACAGUGGGACCCAAAAAGAAAGAGCCUGAUGAUAUUUGGAAGAGUGAAAAAGAUAGUCUUACAAUUGAUCUUUCAGAAUUAGAUAUCAGAGAUAAAGAUUUGGAUCAAGAAGAGAUGCAGAGCUCUCUUAGGUCCCUUCGUAAUAGUGCAGCUAAGAAAAGAGCAAAACUGAGUGGCAGUACUUCUGAUCUUGAAAGCCCUGAUUCUGCAAUUAAGCUCGACUUGACUAUGGACUCACCAUCUCGAUCUUCCUCUCCAAACAUCAGCUCUUAUAGUGAAAGUGGAGUUUAUAGCCAAGAAUCAUUGACUUCUUCUCUGUCUACAACUCCCCAGGGGAAGAGAAUAAUGUCAGACAUAUUUCCGACAUUUGGAUCAAAAUCUUGUCCAACGAGACUUUCUUCUGCAAAGAAUAAAAUCUCUGAGAUAGCUGACCAAAGCCUCAGUGCAGGGAUUACAACAUCCAAUGUAAGCAUAAUUGGUCAACGUAUGAACUGUGGGUUUGGAUGUGGUGAUUUUGAAGAUGAUAGGUUCCAUGACAUUUCACCUAGUGUUUUCAAAAUACAAAAUAAGGAACACCCAAGACAUUAUAAACAUACAAAAGCAUUUAUAGGGUCAUCAUCAAAUUUACAGCAAAUUCCCAGUUUUGACUUCACAUCCACAAAUACCUUACCAGAAGACUCAGUGGUUGUUGUUGGAAAAGGUGUAUUUGGAAGUCCAAAUUCAGCACCAGCAGCCUGCAGCCAAUCAGUGAUAUCUUCUGUGGAAAAUGGAGAUACAUUUUCAAUUAAACAAAGCAUUGAACCACCAUCAGGAAUUUAUGGAAGAGCGGUCCAGCAAAAUAUUCCAUCAUAUGUUGAUGUUGAGAAUGAAAAGGAUAUUAAAGGUUCUAUUUCAAAAUCUACUUAUGACAAGAUGAGACAAAAGAGAAAAGAGGAAAAAGAACUUUUUGACAUUAAAGAUUGUGAAAAGAAGGAACAGAAUUCCUGGGAGCGAAUGAAACAUACAGGAACUGAGAAGAUGACAUCUGAAAACUUAAAUAUUUUUGGAGAUGAGGUGGGAAUAUCAAAAAAUGAGAGUUCCCCUUUAGAAAAUAUUGCCUUCAGCCCUCAAUUGAAAGGAGGGACCUGUUUAAAAAGGUCAUCUUUAGUGUUUUCAGAUUCAGGUGAAGCAUCUCCUGGAGGCAUUCCACAAUAUAAAGAAAGGAUGUCUUCUGUCACUCACAGUCCUGAAAUAAUGGAUACAUCAGAACUACGGCCAUUUUCCAAACCAGAAAUAGCACUGACAGAAGCCCUUAGGCUUUUAGCUGACAAGGAUUGGGAGAAGAAAAUUGAAGGACUGAAUUUUAUUAGGUGCUUAGCUGCUUUUCAUUCUGAAAUAUUGAACACAAAGUUGCAUGAAACAAAUUUUGCUGUAGUUCAAGAGGUGAAAAAUUUACGCUCUGGAGUUUCUCGUGCUGCUGUGGUCUGUUUAAGUGAUCUUUUCACUUACCUGAAAAAAAACAUGGAUCAAGAACUAGAUACUACAGUAAAAGUUUUGUUGCACAAGGCUGGAGAAUCAAAUACAUUUAUAAGAGAAGAUGUUGACAAAGCACUGAGAGCUAUGGUCAGUAAUGUAACUCCUGCACGUGCAAUUGUUUCUCUUAUCAAUGGAGGACAAAGCCAUUUACACAUUGCAGUAAGAAGAUGUACAGCCCAGCACUUAUCAGAUGUUGUGGGAUUUAUGGAACCAGAACGUAUUUUAUCUGGAACAAAGGAUAUGGCUGACCGGAUAUUACCAGCUGCUGCCAAGUUUGCUCAGGACAGUUCACAAGAAACCAGAUGACACUACAUACUUCUGGGUAGUGAGAUGCCAUGUCACAGGGAUGAACUGCAUGAAAACGGCACAAGACUAUAUGAGUGGGCAGAAAAGUGGCAGAAGAACUUCAUUGUGGGCAAAUGUAAGGUAAUGCACUUAGGGGAAAUGAUAUAUUUUCCAAGCAAUCAGGUGAAAUCAAGGAAAUAGGUGCACAUGAAAAAUACAGGAAGCGAAAUGGUUAACAUAUUGUCUCCUGAAACAUUAGAUAGCUGCACUUAGAAAAUCCCAUAAAUUUCUGAUUGCUGUACUUGAAGAACAAUUCUAUGAAGGUUAAGAGAAAAAUGACAAAAGAAUUAAGAUGUGGAUGGUACAUUACUGUAUUGGUAACUUUUUUUUUUUAAGUAAACUCUGUGCCCAACCCCAACAUGGGGCUCGAACUCACAACCCCAAGAGUAAGAGUCACGUGCUCCAUCAGCUGACCCAGCCAGCUGCCCCUUGAUGUAUUGGUCACAGAAAUUUUGGAUAUAGUCAAGAGCCUAGGUUCAAUUCCUAGCCCCAAUCACUUUUUGCCCUUAAGCAAAUUACCUAACGUCUGUUAGCCUAAGUUUUCUCGUAUGUAAAAUUAGGAAGGUGAGACUAGGUGAUUGAUAAUGUCCCAUAUAAAACCUAAAAAUUUAUGGCAGUUACAUAUUAAGAUAGAUUAAAAGUGGGAGGGAGGGUCCUGAGUUCAUAGAGACUAAAGUAAAGAAGGAUAUAAAAUUGGGGCACCUGAGGGGCGCCUGGGUGGCUCAGUCGUUAAGCGUCUGCCUUCGGCUCAGGUCAUGAUCCCAGGAUCCUGGGAUCGAGCCCCAGGAUCGAGCCCCACAUUGGGCUCCCUGCUCCACGGGAAGCCUGCUUCUCCCUCUCCCAGUCCCCCUGCUUGUGUUCCCUCUCUCGCUGUGUCUCUCUCUGUCAAAUAAAUAAAUAAAAUUAAAAAAAAAAAAUUUAGGGCACCUGGGUGGCUCAGUCGUUAAGCACCUGCCUUCGGCUCAGGUCAUGAUACCAGGGUCCUGGGAUCGAGCCCCGCAUCAGGCUCCCUGCUUGGCGGGAAGCCUGCUUCUCCCUCUCCCACUCCCUCUGCUUGUGUUCCCUCUCCCACUCCCUCUGCUUGUGUUCCCUCUCUCACUGUGUCUCUCUCUGUCAAAUAAAUAAAUAAAAUCUUUAAAAAAAAAAAAGAAGGCUAUAAAAUUAACAUUUUAAGACAAAUGUAUCCAUGACUUUAGGUAACUAGAGUUAAUCUUAUGGAAAUCAUUAUACCAGAAGCUAAUAUAGAAAGUCAAUGUAUUCAUUUUCUAUUGCUGUGUAACAAAUUACCACAAACAUAAUGGUUUAAGACAACACAGACUUUUUUAGCUUACUGUUCUUUAGGUUAGAAGUCUUGCAUGGCUCAAUUGCUUUCUCUGCUUGGGGUCUUCCAGGAUUAUAAUCAAGGUAAUGAUAAUGCUGAGCUCUUAUCUAGAUGUUCUAUAGAAGAAGUUGCUUCCAAGCUCAUUUUGGUUGUUGGCCAAAUUCAGUUGCUUGUAGUUAUAGGACUUAGGUCUCUAUUUCUUUGCUGGUUUUCAACUAGGGUCCUCUCUCAGCUCCUUAAGGUCACCCGAAUUCCUUCUUGUGCAGCCCCCUCCAUCUUCAACCCAGCAAAAGUAUGGUGAAUCCCCCUUGUGCUUAGAAGCUCUCUGAUUUCCUCUUCUGCUACCAGCUAUAGAAAGCUCUCUGCUUUUAAGGACCUGUAUGAUUAGAUUAGGUCCACCCAGAAAAUCUCUGUAUCUUAGAGUCAACUCUACCAUAUAACAUAACAUAACAUAAUCCUGGAAGUUGUAUCACAUAUUUACAAAUUGUAGGUAUUAGAGCAGUCCUGCUCUUUGGGGAGCCAUUUUGGAAGUUAUGUAUACCACAGUAAAGUUCAAAACAAUUUAGGCUUUGGAUCAUAAUAAACUAGUUAGGGACAAAAAAAGAUUCAUAAUCGUUGUUGUAUAUACAUCUUAACCUUUCCUUAAUGACAUGGUAAUUCUUCUAACCCAUUUUGUCAUUUCUUAUUUGAAGUUUUAAAAUUAUAAAAUGGUUACAACUUUAUAGUUUUACUAUUUCUCACAUUUAGUGUCCCUAUUGCUUGUUUACUUGUUUGUUUUAGCCAUUCUCAUAUCAUUAGGGCCUGUGAUAGACCUACAGUCCUUAAUGUUCUGGGCUAAAAGUUAUAAUCAUCUUUGAAACUAUAACUGAUUAUGAACUACUUAUCAAGGGGUAACCUUAUUCUGAUUCUGAGGAGAGAACAGUAAUUUUUAUUUUCUGAUACUACCUACCUCCCUUUCUAUAAUUCCAUUACAGUUGAAGGAGCCUAAUUGAUACACAUAUUCCUGAGAUCAUUCUGUACCUUCUCCCUACCUUGCAAGACUUGCCUUUCCUGGUUCAUCCUAGUCCCAUAUAUUCCAAGUUGUAAGAAAAAGCAUAACUAAUUAAUUUUAGGGCCAAGCCUCUUUGAAGAAUAGUAAUAUGGUAUAAGGUACUAUAAGAUCCCUCUAUCCAAAAAUAUCUCCAAUACCCAUGAUAUCUGUGGUUCUGUCACAAUGAUAUCUUGGCUUAAGGUUUUAUCCUAAAAAGAAUUAUUUUUUAAAAAAAGAAUUAUUUUUAAAUUUAUAUACUACCAUAAAAAAAAAAAAGUUCGGAGAGCAUUACACAUUCAUUAUAUAUCAUCCAUGAUUUACCAACUAAUUUUGGGUAUGUUUUAGGUAGCAGAGAAUAGGUUUUUGAAGAAUUGGAACCCAGAUAGGUUUUGGCAGGGGGGAAAAAUAGUGAGGGUAAGAAAUACAGGAAAUACAGAACCUAGGGAAGGUUGACUUAGGUCAGAACACCUUUCACCAGCAACCUCUUGCCCAGUGAGCAAGGAGCCCCGGAUAAAGACAGACUUCUUCUAACUCACAGUUCUGCCAAAUACCAGCCUUGAUAUGGACCCAAGGGUGCCUGAAAAAUAGAAUUCAAACAUUUGGCUCUCUAAGAAGAGAUUUGAAGAUCUGAAGCUAUAGUGUUUUUUAAAGGUUAGGGACAACAAUAGCCCAAGUGUGGUAAGAGCCGUGAUGCCCUUCAAACAGACGAAUAGAUAAAGAUGUGGUCCAUAUAUACAAUAGAAUAUUAAUCAGCCAUCGGAAAGGAUAAAUACCCAACUUUUGCAUCAACAUGGAUGGGACUGGAGAAGAUUAUGCUAAGUGGAAUAAGUCAAGUAGAGAAAGUCAAUUAUCAUAUGGUUUCACUUAUUUGUGGAACAUAAGGAAUAGCAUGGAGGACAUUAGGAGAAGGAAGGGAAAAAUGAAGCGGGGGACAUCAGAGG